AACGCAGUGCGACGGAAGAGUUCAGUGCCACUGCAACCACUGGUGGACGCAUAUCAACCAAAAUCCAAUUCAAAGUGUGUGUGUGUGUGUGUAUAUAUAUAGAACCAAUUGAUCUCAAAAUAAAAGAAGAAAUAAAUUGCCUUCGGCUAAGCUAUGGUUUUUGUUAAAUUGAAUCGUUUAUGCCGCUCCCUGCAAACGCCUAAUGUUUUACCACGGCUGUGUAUUCUACCUUCUUCGUACGCAAGGUCGCUGACUACACAUAAAGCGACGCUGCAGCAGCAGAUUAAAUUAGCAGAUAAAGACAUAGAGGAGGAAUGGGCGAAUGCAAAGGAGUACAAAGAAAUACCAGGACCAUCCAGUAUUGGAUUAAUGAUGGACUUCUUACCAGGCGGCAAGUUAUAUGGUGCGAAUUUUUUACAAAUGUAUACAGAACUGCGCAAACGCUAUGGCGACUUGUUCAUUUUACGCGGCUCUUUCGGACGUGACGAUCUGAUUUGUACUUUCAAUCCAAUUGAUUUCGAAAAGGUGUAUCGAACGGAAGGUGUUUGGCCGAUACGUGAAGGACUAGGCAGCAUUAAAUACUAUCGACAAGUAAAGAAUCCAAACGCAUAUUCUGGUGUCUUUGGCUUAGUGGCAGAACAAGGUGAACGUUGGUUCAGAAUACGCCAGAAGAUCAAUCCGAUUAUGAUGAAAGUGCAGAGUAUGCGCGAGGAAUUGCCGGAAAUCGAUUGCAUUGCAAAGGAAUUGGUGGAUAAAAUCGACGUGGUUCGGGAUCCAAAGACUGGCAUGUUGACCACUGACCUUGUUAAGGAACUACGCAUGUGGUCCUUUGAGUCCGUUUGUUAUGUGGCGCUAAAUUCACGACUACAUCUCGUCAGUGGCAAGGCAGAUGCCGACGCGUUGCGUAUGUCUGACACCAUGGCGGCGUUUUUGCAGUCCACUUACGAGCACGAUAUUGCGCCAUCGAUAUGGAUUUACUACCAGACGUCCAGUUUUAAGCGCCUAAUGCGAAUGCAUGAUGAUCUCACUGAAAUUACCAGAAAGUUUGUUGACACCGCGCUGGAACGCAUCGAAGCGGAGGGCAACAAAGAGGCGAGUGGUAUGUUUGAAAAACUUUUACGUGUCGAUAAGAAUAUAGCUGUGGUAAUGGCGAUAGAUAUGAUGUUUGGCGGAUUGGAUACGACCUCCUCCACAGUAAUAAUAGCACUCUAUUUGCUUGCAAAAAAUCCAGAGAAACAAGACAUUUUGCGUGAAGAAUUGCGCACACUACUUCCAACCACUGAUACUCCAUUGAACGCACAGAACUUAAAAAAUAUACCCUAUCUGCGAGCUUGCAUCAAAGAGUCGAUGCGCAUAACGCCAAUUGUAUCGGGUACUAUGCGACAGACUGGUCGCGAUUUGGUGCUCUCUGGCUACAAGGUGCCCAAAGGCACCGGCGUGAAUAUGAGAAAUAUGGAAGUAUGCAACUCGGAAAAGUUUUUUCCACGUUGUAGCGAAUACAUACCGGAGCGUUGGUUGAAAAUGCCCAAAAAUGUGGCGCGUCCUGUCGAUGAUGCCAAGUCACAGAAUCCUUUUGUGUACUUGCCAUUCGGUUUUGGGCCACGCACUUGCAUUGGCAGACGUUUGGCCGAGUUGGAAUUGGAAGUGUUGCUGGCACGAAUGCUGCGUAAAUACAAAAUCAGCUGGACCGAUGAGCAAAAUGGUUUGCAGUAUGUCAGCAAUAUAGUUUUGGCGCCAUGCGGGGAAAUGAAAUUCAAGUUCGAUGAGGUGGAGUAGGGUCGCAUUCGUGCUGCUAAUAUUUGUACUUUGAACUCUUUUUGAUUUUAAUGUCGCUUUAAAAUUUUGUAUACCUGUAAAAGUUAACUUGAAUAACAAAAACUAUAAUAG